AGAAGAACAGAGGAAGAAGAACAGAGGCAGAAGAACAUAGGAAGAAGAAAAAGAUAUAUAUUCGGUUCGAUCCACAGGUAUGUCGUGAAUUCUUAGUCUUCUUAGUUUUUAUAGUUGCAAAAGAGGGGUGAAAAAACAAAUUUUAAUGUGAUUUCUGCCAUCUAGGUUGGGGUUAAUUUUCGUAUGGGUUCUGAAUUUUUGGCAGACUGAUAGUCGGUCUUUGAUUCCUUACCAUCCUUCUUUUGUUUUUCGGAUUUUUGUUCAGUUUUUCUGACUGAUUGAGUGGGUUUUCGGACCCUUUCCUUUUCCUUUUGAUUUUUGCUCUUUGUAGCAGAUUUUGGGGCUUUUUCAUAGAUUUGAUCGUACCGGAACGAGUCCGAUACAAAUCGUCCGAGUUUGUCAGGCUAAUACCUAUGAGUUGGACCGAUAUAUCGCCGAUACUAUUCCAACUCGCAGUUUUUUGGUUUCGUGUACCGUUAACGUAUCAAGACUGACCGAGUCGUAGAUACCUAGAACCAGAUUAUAUAAUAAUUGAGGGGACUAAAUUGACACAAACUAAUUUAAGAGCUUAAUUAAAAUUGAUGGCCUACUUUAUAGGUUUCACUCACAAAAAAUAACCUGAACAUGCAACAACAUCUUCUUCGUUGACUUAUUUGGACUAGAAUUCUAGUGUUUUCCUUCCAAGGGGUUACUAAAGGACGACUUUCUUAGGAUCAGAUCUAUUUUGGGUUUUCGAGGUUUUUAAAGUUUCAAUUUUCAACGUAGAAACAGAAAGCGAAUGUCAGGGCCACCUCGAUCUUCUGGCGCUCCAAUGAAGAAUGGCCUUCCUCCUCAAGAACUCCUUGACGACCUCUGCAGUCGUUUUGUUCUGAAUGUGCCAAAAGAAGAUCUACAAUCAUUUGAGAGGAUCUUGUUUCUUGUGGAAUAUGCACACUGGUUCUAUGAGGACAACUCUGUUGAAAAGAAUCCAUCAUUGAAGUCACUCAGUUUGAAGGAGUUUACUUCUCUAAACGCUUCGUGCGUCUCAGACGAGCUAGAAGAGAGAGAGAGAGAGAGAGAUCCACGGGCACAGACGCUUCCUUCAGAGUUCGGACGCUUCCUUGCUUCUUCCUCUGUAGAAUCACAACAAAGGAGAAGAAAAACAGAAGAACAGAAGAACAGAGGAAGAAGAACAGAGGCAGAAGAACAUAGGAAGAAGAAAAAGAUAUAUAUUCGGUUCGAUCCACAGGUAUGUCGUGAAUUCUUAGUCUUCUUAGUUUUUAUAGUUGCAAAAGAGGGGUGA